CUCUCUUUCUCGUCCGGUAGGAAAUUCCUUUUCUUUCUUUUCGUUCUCUCUCUCUCUCUCCUUUUUCUUUUUCUCCCAUCAUGCCGACUAUCACCAGAAGCGCCUCCAAGACAAGACUAACGGCAUCCCCGGGUCGGCUGUCGGCACCACGCCGCAUAGCCACCCGACGACACUCGACGAAUGGAGGUGUAUCACCACUCCCGAUAACCACCAGACAGGAAACCCUGUACACCCGACGGAUGACGCGAGGCUCAAUGCCGACCGGGACUGCCCCCACGACAGCUGGAACUUCUGCAUCUGCGAGAAGAACCCUAGUUGGGGUGAGCAUGGUACGCCGGUCGACAUUGCAGCCGGUUAUCGAGGUGGACACAGACGCAACCGACAAAACACCGACUGGACAAACGAUAGAGACUUUCCUCGAGCGAUACCCUGCUGGCGGCCGACGGGUCAAUCCGGUGGAGCGGGCAAGUGCUAUGUUGACUGGUUUCGUGCGUACUAUACGCGACGGCCAGAAAACUAGGGGCUUCUCUGCGCUGCCGAGGGACUGGGAGGCCGCCAUCAGGUCCGUCCUCGUAGUACUGGCCGAGGUAAUCGACGAUAACAAAACAAUGACCACGACAAAAAACACUUCGACAUCGACUGACCCAGCCGAGCCUCUGACAUGUGUGGAGGAGAGCGAGCUAGACCUUGUCGGGGGACCCGAGGAGCGGGGAGCCGAGUGAGAUAAGGAGGUGGUGGCCGAGCCCCCAAACAUGGAGGCCAUGCCGCCCAUUCCACCUCCAGCGGUUCCGCUGCCCCCGGGAAUCUCGAUGAACGAGCUUGCACUCACUCUGCACAUGGCGGAGAUAAUCAGUGAGGCUAAUACGGAACUCUUGAGGAAAAUGGACAGCCUAACAAAAUUGGCAAAAGCAAUAGCAACAGGACAACAACCACAUGACAUAGGCACAACGACCGACUUGGCUAGCGAACAAGAACAAACACCAGACAUCCCUCCAACCACAACGGACAUCCCUCAGACGACAGACGACGCCACAACAUCUGCAAAAACCGGACUGGAAACUAAACGCAGCAAGAAAAAUAAGAAAAAGAACACCAAGACCUCACCCCAGAAAAACGGGACCGACACGGAAAGGAAAAAGGACAACAAAAACGCAAACGGACAAACCCAGAUCAAGGACAAGUCUCACGAACCCGAGGCCGAAUGGACAAAGGUCAUGAGCAAGCAGGCGAAGCGACGGGCUCGGAAGCAGCAACGCAAGCAGGAGGCCGCGGUCAUUGCAGCAGCUCAGUUACAAAAGCCGCAGCCGGAGCAGCAGCAGCCACCGAGGGAGCAACAGUCACCAAAACGCAGCAGUAGGCAGCCGGACGCGCUGGAGGUGGAAACCACCAGGCUGAUCUGCACCAACAUCCCCCCAAGCUGCUCAAACGAGGAGAUCGCCACGGACCUGAGCGCCGCCCUGGGAGUGACGCUGUACGCGGAAUAGAUCAGCACCGCCAAUUCCAGCUACGGAACGCUAGUAGCGUUCUUCGGCUGUCCGGAAGCGGCGGUUACAGAUGCGGUUCUGCAAAAUCAGCACGUCAUCGGGUUCAGUCGGUGCUGUCGGCUGAAGAAGGUGGAGGCGAAGCGCCAGUGCUACCGCUGCUACGAGUACGGCCACAUUGCGUCCCACUGCCGUGGAAAGGACCGGUCGAGCAAAUGCCAUCGCUGCGCAGAACCAAAACACACGGGACAGUGUGUUAAGGAGCGGAAGUGCCUAGUCUGCAAGGGCCCGGAAGCAAUCGGGCACUCGUUUGGACAGCGCCAGUGCCGCCAAGUAGGAGACGUAGUACCUUCACGG